AUGUCUGAUUCGUACAACGACCCUCAAAAUCAGAGCACUGAUUCGGAAGGAGAAGAUCUGAUCAUCACCGAGACAAGUGAGGACGAUGUAGUGAACCAAAGAAUGCCAAGUAUGACGCUGGAUUUGGACUACAAAUUGCGAAUUCAAGUACUCGACUUUGGCGGAAAUUCAAGUAUUCAGACCAGCAAGAUGGAUGUCAAUCUCUCAGACGACGUGUUGACCAAGGUGUUGAAGGUUGCAUCUGAAAACAAACUACUUAAACCAAUUUGUGGAGCAUUGAACAAACAACGUAAAUUGCGUUUACUUCCAGGGAGAAGUGGUCCGAUCUCAGAUUGUGUCGUGCAACCGGGUGACACUUUCCGAUACAUCGCCAGUUUGUUCGAGAUUCGCUGUCCUUAUCAUGUCCCACAGACCAUUUUCUUCCAAGUUAACACAACAAAUUCUCAAAGAGCUGCAAGAGAGUCUUCCAAGACUGUGACGAUCUCAGAGAUCCCAUGUUUUUUUCUACAUUUCUACAACUCUCACUUCAUCGGAGAUUUCCUCGCAGCAAACGGAAGAUGGAACAGGACAGAGGAAAUCUACUUCAACAAGUCAGAAGUUGGACUUGUGCUGAGACGUCGUUUCCGUGCGGUUGAAAGUUCAAGCAUCAAGGGUGACAGGAAGAUCGACACGAAGUCCGAGAAAUCUGGUGAAUCUAUCACGCCUUCAAAAGUAUCUGUCACAUUGCAUUAUCCCGGGGAGCUUGUUGUGAGUAGCUGGCAACGAGCAAAUGCAGAGGGUGGGAAGCAGAACGCACAUAUCUCCUCUUACUCUCUCGUUGCAAGAAGGAUCAUGCGAACCUGCAAACCUAAGUUGCAUGGAACCGUUCUAACUCUUAAUCUCACUCCCUUGCUCGAUUUUAUCGGUUGCAUUUUUGUGUGCCUUGCUGGAUUCACGCAGAAUGAAGAGCAUCUGAAGAAGCAGUAUAUGUUCAUCAAUCGAAUUAGGCAGAUAUCUUGCGUGUCCAACUGUCUGCAACCUAUCUUGGCAGAGUUGACGUGGAUUCUACAGCAAUUCUUCAACACGAUACCUGAGAUGACCUACACCUUUGAAUCGGAGGAUUUGAAGGGUUACAAUAUUACCAAAAAAAGCUCUGAGAAAAUCGCUGAGCACAUCGAUUUUGUGGCAGCCCUGAAAUCUUCUGAGAGUGGCGGCCGUUGCGACAUAAAGAAGCUCAGCUUACUCAUAGCACGACAUUUGUACCUUUGGGGCCCAGAGGGCUCAGAUCAGUCGCCUGAUGUUGGGUAUGACCCCAAAAAACAAACUUCUUUGAGUGAACAAUACGUCAAGGAAAGUAUUGACGAUAUGAUUGCGCUCUUCAAGAAGGAGAUUGAUAACAAACAUUCAAACAAAGAAGCGUUCAGAGAACUCUUGGAAGAAUUUGAGGGCAAUGUGGAAGGAAAGAUAACACACGAGAUGAAAUCUAUCAACAAAACCAUUCGAAAGUGGAAGAGACAGCAACAGGAUUUCUACAACAAGCACGCGGAUGUAUUAGACCUUUGGUCUAAAAAAGUCACCAUGCCCUUCAAACAACCAGUGGAAAGAAAAGCGCCAGCUGAUGUCAAACAUAUUAGUAAGGAACUGAUCCAAGAGAUAGAUGAGACCUCGGAUGAGUUGCAGAACUUUCAAUUCAGCGAGACUGCUGAUGUUGUCACGUUGACUCUCAAACUCAGACAUCUGAGCAACAACCUUUCUUCUUACAUUCAUAAACUAACAUAA